CACGUGACUGAUGACUAAGGGAAGCAACUGUUUUGAAAUGCAUUAGGAAUGGCGAUGUGGAGAAGCAAAUUAGUACUAUUUAUAGUGUUCCAUUUCUCUUAUGCCCAAUACAGUGAAAGAGACAGAACACGAUAUCAAGACAGUGAUUGUUUACAAGGUACAGCCCUUGGUGUUAGUAGUCGAGGAGGUAAUCGAAUACCCAACAGUAAUUUCUGGGCAUCGUCUUCCAGCAGUGAUGUCAGACAGCCAUAUAAAGCACGAUUAGAGGAUUCUACAGGUGCAUGGACUGCAAGUAUUUUAGAUACAAAUCAAUACUUAGGAAUAGAUCUUGGAGGAGAAUACAUCCUAACGGAUAUAUGGACGCAAGGUCGACAAGGGUCAGGGGAAUUUGUGACAGAAUUUUAUAUUGCAUUCUCCAGUGACAAAACAACAUGGCGGGAGUAUACAAAUGAAUAUGGUAUUAGACAGAUGUUUGGUGGGAAUACAAACUCUGACAUGAUUGCCAAGAACUACCUGAAAUAUCCAGUUGUUGCUAGAUAUAUAAUGUUCCACCCACAGAGAUGGGUUGGUGUAAUAUCAAUGAGAUUAGAAAUUUUUGGUUGUAAAUACACCUCUGAAGUAGCAACCUUUGAUGGGAAGUCCAGCAUUAGCUAUGAUUUAUCAGUUGGUAACACUGGUCCCAUGCCAUCUAAUAAUAUCAAAUUAAGAUUUAAAACUAAAGAACAGAAUGGUGUCCUGUUUUAUGCCUCUGGAAACCAAAGGGAUUACCUAUCAUUAGAGCUUGUACAGGGAAGACUAGUUAUGCAUAUUGAUUUAGGAUCUACAGCAAAUAAUCCUGGUGCCACUAAUCAGACUGGUGGUAAUCUCCUUGACGACAGCCAAUGGCACGAUGUAAUUAUAUGGAGAAAUCGUACAGAUGUUCGUCUGGUUGUUGAUAGACUGGAAACAUACUUUAAGACAAAUGGUCUUUUCUACAGAUUAAAUUUAGACAGAACUAUUUAUUUAGGAGGUGUUCCUACAUUUAAUGUAGAAGGCAUCACAGUUCGUCAUAAUUUUACUGGUUGCCUUGAGAAUGUUGUAUUUGAAGGAAGUAAGAUGAUAAGUGAUGCUAAGAACAGAAUACCAGGUUACACAGUUGGUAACAGUCAAAUAGCAACAAUGUUUUCUUGUAAGAUUGAUGCUCCAUCACCAGCAACUUUCCCUUCUAUUGGAUCCUAUGUGAAAUACACAAGUAGUGAAAUUGGAUUGGCUGUGAGAAUAAACUUUGAUUUCCGAACGCACGAUCCUGAUGGAAUACUGUUAUUUCAUAAAUUAGAUAGUACAAAGGGUGGAGGAUUUAUACAGGUGCAAUUCUUGAAAGGAAUAACUGGCUUUGUACAGUACAAGUUACAGACCUCAGACCAGGAAUCUACUGCAGACACUAUAGAAGAUGUUGUUAGAAAUACUGCAGGAGAUUUAACCAGUGGAUUUGCAGAUGGAUUGUGGCACAAGUUUACACUUCUACUCAAUAAUGAGAAACUGAAUGUAACAAUAGAUAGAAAUUCCAAGGUCUCUAUAAGAACCAUGUCUAUUGGAGCUGGGACUAUAUUCUAUUUAGGUGGUGCUGGUAAUAUUAAAGGAGGUUACAUUUUUGGUAAUGGAUUCAGAGGAUGCAUGAGAAGUGUAAGCAUAUCAUCACAACCUGUUGAUUUUGCUGCUAUCUCGGAAAUUAACAGACCAUCUGUUUUAACAGGAAGUUGUGGAUUGAUUGACAGAUGUACCCCCAAUCCAUGUGAACAUUAUGGUGUAUGUACACAGACAUGGGAUAGUUUUGUAUGUGACUGCAGUAAUACAGGAUACAAAGGGGAAGUUUGUCAUGUUUCUGCAUAUUAUUUAUCAUGUGAAAUGUUUAAGAUGUACAGUAAUGACGACGGAUUAGUGAAUACACACAUUGAUCCAGAUGGUUCUGGUCCAUUGCCUCCUUUCCCAGUAGGAUGUGAUGGAAAAAAGGAAAGAGGAAAAAUAGUAAAGACAGUAGUCUACCAUGAUGCCAUGGAGCAAACAACAGUCGAUGGCUUCCAAUCACCAAACUUUUAUAAGAAGGUCAUACAGUAUUCUGGUGAUAUUGAAUCACUGACAAAUAUUAUCGAAAGAUCAGCUUCCUGUUACCAGAACUUAGAAUACAGAUGUAACAAUUCUAGACUUCUUGGGGAAGCAGCAACUAAUGCUGAUUAUUUUGCAUGGUGGGUAGGAAGGACCAACCAGCCCAUGUAUUAUUGGGGAGGUGCUGCCCCAGGGUCAAAUAAAUGUUUUUGUGGUCUGCAGGAGAAAGGCUGCACUGGGCAAAAAACAACAUGCAACUGUGAUGCUCAGACAAUGAAUGAGUUUGACGGUGGAAAUAUUGUACAUAAGGAUUACCUCCCCAUUAUGGAGUUAUAUUUUGGUGAUACUGGUACUCUAAUGGAUGAUAAGAUCGGGAAAUAUAAAGUUGGAGAAUUAAGUUGUGAAGGAGAUUCUGUGUUGGACAGUAUUGUAACAUUCCGUAAGGCUGAUGCGACCAUUAAGAUCGACACAUGGGAAGCAGAUCCUGCAGGGGAUAUCUGGUUCCAAUUUAAGACUACUACCACUGAUGGAACUAUCUUACAUAACAUAGGGGAUCCGGAUUACAUCAAGGUUGCCUUGUUCAAUGGUGACACAAUACAGUUCAGUUAUGACACAGGAAAUGGUGCAAAGGUUGUUGAUUUCAAGACAACAAAUGCCCUCAAUGAUGACCAGUGGCAUACAGUUCAUGUGGAAAAGAACAGGAAACAGGCAUGGUUACGUGUCGACAAUUUCCCAGAAAAAUACAUAACAGAAUCUUCUGACGAAAUGUCUAGAACGCUUGAUCUAAAGGAAGGACUUGUCAUAGGUGCCACUGUUGAAUUCAAAGCAGGAUAUGUUGGAUGCUUAAGAGGCUUGAGAGUAAAUGGGGUUUUAGUGGACCUAAGGGGCCUAAUCCAGCGUGGACAAGUAUCUUAUGGUGUUACUGAGGGGUGUAUUGGUAAAUGUAGCAGUAAUCCUUGCUUUAAUGGUGGUACCUGUAUCGAAGGAUACUCUGGCUACACAUGUGACUGUUCCUACACUCCAUGGAGAGGAUGGAUGUGUGGUAGAGAGGUUGGUGUGAAUUUACAGAAACAUUUUAUGAUUAGAUAUGAGUUUGAUAAAAAUCAAGGUCUUUCAACAACUGACUUCAAAGAUGUAAAAGUGGGUUUCACUACUAAGACAAAACAGGGAAUCCUGAUGCAGAUACAGUCUCCAAAUGGAGAGUACAUAUCCUUAGAACUGAACAAUGCUGGUGGUGUUAAAUUUGUGGUGAAUGUUGGUGAAGCACAGAGAUUUGAAAUGAACACAAAAAAUGAUGGUAUAGAUUAUACAAAUAACCAACAACAUGUAGCUCAUUUAUGGAGAACCGGUGCUAAUAGUGAAUUUCUCAACUUACAGGUUGAUAAUUAUCAAAUCGCCUUUGAUAAGCUGGGAGAUAUUGGAGAUCAGAUUUUGGAUGAUCCAAAAUAUUUAUUCAUUGGGAAUAAUGGUACGUCAAAUGCUGAGAGAGGAUUUGAAGGUUGUAUUUACAGAAUGUCAAUAGACAAUAUCUUCCCUUUGAAGAGAGCAUUCCAAGACCCCAGACCUUCCUAUAUGUGGUUGUAUCCUAACAAUACAAUUCGAGAAGAUAUGUGUGGUUUUGAGGAAGUGACAGUAAUUCCUGAUCCUAUUGAGAUUCGUCCAGGAAGUGGUGGAACGUUAGUCAAUAUCACAUAUCCAUAUGUAGAAGACACCUCUGCUAGGGAUAAAGCCAUUACUGGAGGUGUAUUAGCAGUUGUAUUUUUAAUCAUCAUUGUGUGCAUUAUAAUAGCUGUGAUGUAUUUCCGAGAAAAGGGAGAUUAUUCAACCAAAGAAGCCACUGGUCAAGAUUUUGUCGAUAAUCCUGACGCAGCUCUUGUCAUUAAUUCAACUGGUGUACCAGACAUUGGUAAACGACAAGAAUGGUUCAUGUAGAACAACUUCCAUGUCAUUUUGUAAAAAUGUGAUAGAAAAUUCAUUUUUUCAUUUUUGAUUUGGUUAGCAAUAUAUUUUGAUACUAGCAUUUAAGGUUUCUUAUAAUUUAAGUUCAUUUGCCAUAUAAAUAAUUAUUAUAUUUAAAAGUAGUAAAACAUGUUAUCUAAAUUGAAAAUAUUAUUUUCUACUUAACUAGUAAUAGUUUUAUUCUAAAAUUAAGUUGAUACAAAUUAAGAAAGUAUACCUAGAUUUUUUUUUAAUUAUGUGACAUCAUUUUUCAUUUAAUUACAUGUAUAUCAAAAGUGCUUUGUAAAUAUCAUAAUCAUGCUGAUGUAAAUAAUUUGUAUACUAUUGUAAAUUAAAUCAAAAAGGAUUUUUCAUCUUAAGCACAUUUCAUUUUGGUAGUGUAUACAUUACAUUUUAGAUCUGAUAUUGUAAAUUUUACAGAUAAGUUUUUUGUAGAGCUUGAAUAUUAUUACUCAUGAACAAAAGAUAACAAAAUCUAUUUGAUUUCCAAAACCGAUACAUUUAUCAAUCUUUAAUUUAUUUUAUUUUUUAUCAUAUAUGUUGUUUUUAAUCUAAAGAAAGUAUAAAAGAAAGCAAAGUUAGUGACAUGGAUAACUUUUCAGAUCUUUUAAGUUACAACAAAAUUUUUUACAUAUUUUUAUUUGUAUUAAGUGAACUUUUCUGCAUUUCAAAAAGCACAAGUUUCAGUUUUAUUUAUAAUACAUUCCAGAUAUUGUUUAUAUUAAUGUAUAAAAUAUGUAGAUAUUAUUUUUAUAACAAAGGUUGUAUGUAUCAUACGUCAGAUUAAUUUUUUUUAAUUAAUCAAAGGGAAGAUAACUUUUUAUUAUUUGAUAUCUAAAAAAUUAUAUACCUCAAAAUUUAUAUAAUUAUAACUUAUAUUAAGCAGUUGUUGAUAAUUGAAUAUUUUGUUUAUUUUUUUCUAAAUUUGAAGAUUACAAAUUAAUGAAUGCAAUAUUUGUGCCAUUUGAUGUGUUUAGCGGUUGUUAGUGACUCAGUCUACUUAUUAAUAAAGCAUACCAUUUAAAUAAUGAGAAUAAGUUUUAUAACCCAAAAAACCAUGAUACAAGGAAAUAACAAAAUUUUUGUUGUCUUAUAAUUAACUUUGCAAAUAUUUUAAUUAUUCAGAAAAGCAUGUUGGUAUUCACAUUAAAUAAGUUGUACUCCAGAGAUAUAUUUAAUUCUUUAUCUCGAACGUGUCACUUGGUAGCUUUGGUUUUGGUUUAGCCUAGAUAAGGUGGCAUAAGCGAAACUUUUUUAUUUCUGUUUACUGACACACAAUAAAUCAUGCGCUCUAAAAAUAAAAUAGGGGGGGGGGAGAAGAUCCAUUAGCAAUUUAUAAUGCAUAACAGCAAUUAAUGGAACAGCCAAGGGGAUCCCUUUAAAAGGCUGUCAUGUAAUUCUAAUGUUUAAGUGGAUAUUUCUUUGGGUACCACUAUUUCCAUAAAUAGUGUGCAGGAAAACUUCAUGUUUUUCUAUUAUAGAUAAAACGGAUACAUUAUUACACAUAUCAUGUAUUUAACUUUGUACAUAUCAUUUUAAAGAAUACGUUAUGUGGAUUAUUCCAAUCAGAAGAUUUUUGUCAUUCCAUUUUAUAAUAAUGAUAUAUUUUACAAUAAACUUUAUUGAUUCUAUAA